AUAAUGUUGUAUAAAUAGCUCAUCCGUUUGUCCAGAAGAAAUCAUUCAUUUUGGUUACUCACCGAACUAAUAUAGAGUGUAAUCACUCAGUCUGUCAUGAGGAUGGUCAGCUAUGGUCUCGAUGAUUGGUCUGCGCUCUGGAAACAKUUCCUCAAGUGCAAGGAUACUUUGAAAAUGAGUGAGAUUCCACAGGGAUACCGCGAUGAUUACAUCAACACUGGUUACCGUCGACCAGGGAUGACUGCAUUGGAGUGCCUCAAGAGUCUCUUCCAAUGGAARAACGAGACCAUCAAUGUUUGGACACAUUUUUUUACUUUACUAUUUUUUGCUUGGAAAUUUUAUUCCUUGCAAGUAGACUUGCUGUGGAAUCCCGAUUACUGGCCGAUGCUUGCCUUUGCAAUUGGUUCAUUUGCAUUCCCAGCCCUUAGUACAAUUGCGCAUGCGUUCAGCAGUAUGCCGUUGAAUAUUCGUCAUUUAUGUUUUUGCUGUGACUACGCCGGAAUAAGUGUGUAUAGUAUGGGAUCUUCUGUAGCGUACUUUGCGUACAGUACACCAGUACAUGUCCGRGAUUCAUUACUUGGUGCACUUCACCAGCCAGUCAACGUCAUAAUGGCUGUGUUUUGCUGUCAUGUAUGUUGCAUUUCUCGACACAAAAAGUGGAGGUCGGUCCAAAGUACAAUGAGAGCCUUAUCAUUUGCUGUACCAUACAUAUUUACAAGCUCCUUUGUUAUUUACGGUAUCCUCGCUUCUUUCUACACCAAGUCCAUGUGGUUCCAUUAUUCUCAAUUUUUUUGGUGUACUUUGAUGGCUAUCACAAUGACAGCUAAAAUCCCAGAAAAGUAUUUCUCGGAGUAUUUUGACGUUGUUGGUCAUAGUCAUCAAUGGUUUCAUGUAUUUGUGUUCAUCGCGACAAACAAUCAAAUCAAUGCCGUUAUAUUAGACAUGAAACACCUUCAACAGAUCCAAGGAAUACCAUCAUCGUCUUUCAUUGGGACAGUUGGACUCGUUYUUCUUGUUAUUGUAAUUGAUGCUUUUAUUGUAGUGACAUAUUCACAUGAUGUUGAUAACACAAAUUGUGAAAACAAAUUGAACUGAAACAUUGUUACAUAAUCUAGCUAGAUACAUUAGCUAAAAAUCGUUCUAAUUUAUCAAGYAAGCUCUGUUAUGUGCAUAUUUGUGAACAGUCAUUUGACUUUGUCGUUAAUCAGUUUCAUCCCUACGCGCUAAGACCAAAAAGGAUUACGGGUAAAUGAACAUGAAUCUCAUUGAUUCUUCUCUAUCAGACGGUGACAACUUCACAAAGGAAAGCAAACCAAGACUCAAUUCACAUCAUAUUCCAUCAAACAGGUUGCUUUGUAUAUCGCCAUGAAAUAUCGCUAAAUAGAUUUGUAUCACCCAGCGUAAAUCAUCACCUAAUGACGAAAACGUUAUCCUACAAUUUAGGAACACAUUAAAAUACACCACUGAAGCUGAAGCUCUGUAUUUUACUGAUUAAUUCGUAAAURAUAAAACAAGUUGUUUUUUCUUGGACAACGUUUUUGUUAUUAAGUGUAUGUUUGAGGCAUGUUUAACACGAACUCAAGUCAUGUUGGUAACAGUAAAUUGAUUAUCCCCAUGAUCCUUUUCGGUCUAGACGAAUAGCGAUGAAGCCGUUUAGUCAAAUACACCUUCUAAGCUAAGACCGGAAAGAAGCAUGGGAGAGCAAAAGUGUCAUAUUAAUAUUUGCACGAUAAUAAUGUUCCCAAGCCAUGCUCUAAGUAUUCAAUAUAUUCUCUACGAAUUCGAAAAGCGUUAAUAAUAUCACCAUCAUUAGCACCCAGGUUCSAGAGGUUUAAAAAAAGCMUGCAGAGUGGAUUUCAUGUGAUUGUGCAAAACAACACAGCACUGAACGUAUUGCCAUAUACCCAAUACCAGUAAUAYCGCGUAAUAACCGAUAAUUAACAAUCAGUUAUGUUCSGAGAGUUUAUAUUAUGAAMGCAUCGAUCUGUCUGUCUGUCCGCCUAUAUGUAUCAUCCACAAGGUCACUUUAUAUUACUCUUGCCUUUUUUUAAUGUUGCUAAUUCAUUUUUUUUACAAAAUAGUGAUGCGUAUGUAUAAAAUACUUCUUGAUAAAGAGAACUGGAAUGAAUGCAUUGAAAGUCAUAAAAAGRAAGAUGAAAGUUCCUUGAAGUUAGGGCCCGAUUCAAGGUCCAAAUAAAAGUCCUU